AUGUAUCGAAAAACGAAAACAACUGAAGUAUCUUUUACAACGAAUCCGAUAACAAACGAAAUAAAUGAUGAUAAAAUCUUACAUGAUCUUAAUCCUGAACAAAAACGUGCUGUUACUUGUUCAACAAAUCAAUCAACACUUGUUCUCAGUGGAGCUGGUUGUGAAAAAACUCGUUUAUUAACAUUUCGUUUUGUGUAUUUAUUAAAAAAUUGUAAUAUAAAACCAUGUGAAAUACUAGCUGUUACAUUUACGAACAAAGCUGCACUUGAAAUCCGUCAUCGUAUAAGUGAAAUGUUACCCGGUAUACAAUUAAAUCACAUGUGGAUUGGAACCUUUCAUGGAAUUGCAAAUCGUUUUUUACGUAUUCAUCAUAAGAUGGUUGAUCUUAAUAAUAAAAAACCUGAAAAUAAUAUUUGUACAGACAAAGCAAAAUCUAUUGUUGAUUAUAUAAAUAAAUGUAAAGAAGAAGGUAAACGUUCAUCAAAUAUAAUUGCUAAGAAUGAAAAUCGUUAUAAACAUUUAAUUUAUACGAAAUAUGGAAAAUAUGUUCAUAAAGAAAAUAAAGUUGAUUUCAGUGAAUUACUACUUUUAACAAGAGAAUUAUUUGAAAAAGAAAUUAAUUUACGAAUAGAUUAUUCGAAAAAAAUUCAAUUAAUAAUUGUUGAUGAAUUUCAAGAUACAUCAACAUUACAAAUGGAUUGGUUAAAAGUGAUGAUGAUUAAAAGAGAAAAUCCCGAACAUAUUAUUAAAUUAGAACAAAAUUAUCGAAGUACUAAUAUUAUUCUUGAAGCAGUAAAUGCAGUUAUUGCACACAAUCAUUCCCGUCUUGGUAAAAAUCUUUGGACUGAAAUUAAAACUAGAGAACAAAUUAAAUUAUGUCAAGCAAUUAAUACAACUGAUGAAGCUCAACAUAUUGCAACAGUAAUCCGUGAUUUUCAUCAAUGUGAUCCAGAAAUUUCUCUAUCUCAAAUUGCAAUUCGUUAUCGUACAAAUGCUCAAUCACAUGAAUUUGAACAAGCAUUAAUGAAUAGUAGUAUCAAAUAUCGUAUUUAUGGUAAAAUAAAAUUUUAUCAACGAACUGAAAUAAAAAAUGCUUUAGCAUAUGUUCAUUUAAUUCAAAAUGAAAAUGAUAAUGAUGCAUUUCGUCGUAUAAUUAAUUUUCCACCACAUUCAAUUGGUAAAACAACAUUAAACAAAAUUGGAAAUGGUGCAAAAGGAAAACAUUGUUCAUUAUUUCAAUAUAAAAAAAAAGAAGUUGAACGUUUAAAAAAUUUAAAUGAACUAUCUGAUGCUAUGAAACAAUUUUCACAAUUAUAUAAUACAAAUGAUCUUACACAAUAUCUUAGUAUUAUUACAUUAGAUACAACAAAUGCUACCGAUGGAAAAUUGGAUACAACAGAUGAAACAGAAAGAGUACAAAUAAUGACUAUACAUUGUGCAAAAGGAUUAGAAUUUCAUUAUGUAUUUAUUGCUGGACUUGGAGCAGAAAUAUCAUCAAAAACUGCAAUAAAAAUUGUUUCAUCAUCUUCAAAACAUUUCUAUCAGGCAUUUGUUAAGUAUCAAAAUACACAGGAUGUAUUUUUAUUUUCACCAAGCGAUAAUUUUGUUUAUGCACCACAACUGAAUGCAGCAUUUCAUGUCACACAAAAUACUUUGUUCAAAGUCACAUUUCAAGGCAGUCUGUAUAACUUCAAACAGCAGCGUCUUGAUCAAUAUGUUCAAAUAAUGGUCAAUGAUUAUUUGAUUAUUUGUAAUCGUUUAAUACCGAAUACGGAUCAACGAGUAGCAAUGCUUUCGGGAGUAAACAAUCGACAAACAGAUUGGAUAGGUGGUUUUUAUUAUGAUAACACAAACGCAGAUACAAGCGUACCUAUAACGCGUAUUGCAAUGAUUUAUUUAUCACCAGGUACUUAUGCAUUCAAUGUCGGAGUACGAUCUCUUUUUGGAAAUGGUAAACUGCUUGGUGGUACGGUCACCUAUGAAGUAACACAAUUUGAUAGUAGUAAUGAUACACAGGAUUUAGGUGAUUUUAAGUUAACAACUAUUUCAAAAUAA